AUUUUUUUAAUGACUUUAAUCUGAUACUUUCUAUAUCAUUUGCAGGCUCCAUCUGCAGUCCUAGUAACGUGCGUCAAAGUUUGGAAAAUGAGUUACAGUUAAGAAGUCCUCAUGCAGACUCAGAGGACCAGAAUACUUCACACACCAAUGUAGAAGGUAGUUGUGACUGUACAAUCAAUUCUGACUCAAGUAACAGCAUUCAAAGUGAGAAAUGUCCAGAAGAAAAUGAUAGCUUAAGAGUUGAAUGUAGGAAUAAUAUUAAGGAAGCAGACUCAGAGGACCAGAAUACUUCACACACCAAUAUAGAAGGUAGUUGUGACCGUGCAAUCAACUCUAUCCCAAGAGACAGUAUUCUAAAUGAGAAACGUCUGCAGAAAUUUGGUGCCGAAAGACUUGAAUGUAGGGAUGACGAAAAAUCUUCCAUUAACUGUGACGACAUACCCUCUGUGAUCAUUUCCUCAAUGGAAAUGCCUCAUCAAUGUUCAGAGUGUAACAAGAAAUUUCCUACAAGACAUCGACUGAAGAGACAUGUUUUAACACACACUGGGGAAAAACCUUAUUCAUGCGCUGUAUGUAGUAAACGACUUGCCAACAAGCGUAACCUUGCAGGCCAUAUGCUUACACAUUCAGAUGAAAUGCCUUUUCAAUGUCCAGAUUGUAACACGAAAUUUCCAUUAGAAUUCCAAAUGACAGAACAUUUAAGGCGACACAUGGAAAGGACACCCCAUCAAUGCCUUGUGUGUAAUAAGGUCUUCAGUGACAAAUCUAAGCUUGUUGAACACAUGUUUAUACAUACCGGAGAAACAUCUCAUCAGUGUUCAGAGUGUAAUAAGAAAUUUCCUUCAAGAUGUCGAUUGAAGAGGCAUUUUCAAACACACACUAGCAAAAAGCCUUAUUCUUGCGCUGUAUGUAGUAAACAACUUGCCAACAUGCGUAACCUCGCUGAACACAUGCUUAUACAUUCAGAUGAAAUGCCUUUUCAAUGUCCAGAUUGUAACAAGAAAUUUCCAUUAGAAUUUCAACUGACAGAACAUUUAAGGCGACAUAUGGGAAGGACACCCCAUCAAUGCCUUGUGUGUAAUAAGGUCUUCAGUGACAAAUCUAAGCUUGUUGAACACAUGUUUAUACAUACCGGAGAAACAUCUCAUCAGUGUUCAGAGUGUAAUAAGAAAUUUCCUUCAAGAUGUCGAUUGAAGAGGCAUUUUCAAACACACACUAGCAAAAAGCCUUAUUCUUGCGCUGUAUGUAGUAAACAACUUGCCAACAUGCGUAACCUCGCUGAACACAUGCUUAUACACUCAGAUGAAAUGCCUUUUCAAUGUCCAGAUUGUAACAAGAAAUUUUCAUUAGAAUUCCAAAUGACAGAACAUUUAAGGCGACACAUGGAAAGGACACCCCAUCAAUGCCUUGUGUGUAAUAAGGUCUUCAGUGACAAAUCUAAGCUUGUUGAACACAUGUUCAUACAUAACAGAGAAACGUCUCAUCAGUGUUCAGAGUGUAAUAAGAAAUUUCCUUCAAGAUGUCGAUUGAAGAGGCAUUUUCAAACACACACUGGGGAAAAGCCUUAUUCCUGUACUGUGUGUAGUAAACAAGUUGCGAGCACGAGUAAUCUUGCUGACCAUAUGCUAACACAUUCGGAUGCAAUUUUUAUUCAUUGUCCAAAGUGUUAUAAACGGUUUACUGUUCAAAGCAAACUCACAAAGCAUAUGCUACAUCACGUUGGGCAAAUUCCUUUUAAUUGUUCAGAGUGUAACAAAAAAUUUCCGACAAAAUGUCGACUGAAAAGACAUAUAAGAACACACACGGGUGAAAAGCCUCAUUCCUGUGAUAAGUGUGGUAAGCGAUUUGCGAAGAAGUGUAGUCUUGCUUACCAUAUGCUUGUACAUUCAGGUGAAAAGCCUCACCAAUGUGUAGAGUGUAACAAGACAUUUAAGUCCAAAUUGUACCUGAAAAGACACAUGAGAACUCAUACGGGUGAGAAGCCAUAUUUGUGUUCUGUGUGUGGGAAGGGAUUUUGUACUAAACGCCCCUUAGAAGAACACAUGCUGCAACAUACUGGAGAAAUACCUUAUCAAUGCUCUGAGUGUAAGAAAGCAUUUGCUGUUGAAGGUAACCUUACAAGGCACAUGUUGCAACAUGCUAAAGAAAAGCCUUAUCCAUGUUCAGAGUGUAACAAACAAUAUGAAUUUAAAUAUAAACUGUUAAGACAUUUCAAAACACAUACUGGUGAAAAGUCUUGCUUGUGUACUGUGUGUGGUAAGACAUUUGCCACUAAUAGUUACCUAUCUCAGCAUAUGGUUAUACACACUGGAGAAAAACCUUAUCACUGUCCUCAGUGUAAUAAGAGAUUUUCAUUUAAGACUAGCCUUACUAAGCACCUGCUUAUACAUAAUGGAAAAUAACAAUAUCGGAGCUCUCGAUGUAGCUUGCAAGUCUAACAAAUCUCAACCGAUUUAAAAAAAGGCUUGUACAGGUGUUGUGUGGGAUUGAUGUUUUAAAAUAGCUAAAAUUCAGAAUUAUCUUGUAAACAAUAGACCAUUAGUACUAAGCACCAUACAACUGUGACUAUUGUUAGUAGUAGUAUUAUUAUUAGAUAUUUACUUUGAAAUAUGAUCUCAGUAGACACCUUAGGUUUUACACUGUAGAGAAAAGCCUUAUCUUUAUUUAGAGUGUAAUAAGAUAUUUACCUUGAAAUCUCGCCUCGUGAGACACAUGACCGGUCAUACUAGGGAAAAAAAGGCAUAUCAAUGUUCUGAAUAUGACACAAGAUCUGUACAGAAAUGUGACCUUAUUAGGGGUAUGAGAACACAAAUGCACCUGCUAAAAAUGUUUUCAGGGUUCCGAAUGUUACUCCAUCUCUAUUUUACUUUCGUGAUAUUACGUCCCCUUCAGUUCAUAGUUGUCAUACCCAUGGCUUUAAAGUCCAUGUUUUUUUGUUCAAGUUCCAUUGUAUAUAUGUUUAUUCAGUUGCUUUGAUUUGUUUUGUGAUGUUUUUUAAUAAUUUUUUAAAUAUUCCUUGUCUUUUGUGUAUCAAAUAAAUAAUAACAAACAAGUACACUGGAAAUCCAAACUUUUCAUUCUUCUGGAUGUAUUUAAAGAUUUGUACAUAAAUCUUACCUCUUAAUUCACCUUAAAAUGAACACCUUAAAGGGAAUCAUAUGUUAUUUUUAUUUCCAAUUAAAAAACAAAAGUUUGUUCAUUAAAGUGACAUCAUAUAACUAA